AUGGCUGCUCGCCCCCUGCAACGCGGGCCGGAGCCGUCCCUGCUGUGGGACCAUUUCCUGGCGGCGGACGUCACCCACACGUUUCGCGCGCUUUUUGCCGAGAAGCUGUCCGCCGUGUCCGACCGACGGGAGUUUUCCACGCGGUUGACGGCCCUCAUGCGACAGUGGCGGGCGGAGCACUGGCACGAUAUCUUCAUUGGCGCCGCCACGAAACGCCGCGGCGACGGUGGCGAGGAUGAGAAAGGCGGCGCAGCUGCAGCGGCGCGGCGGUGGGAGCGUGGCCUGGCGGCGUACUACGAGUCCAUCCGUGUGCAGCGGCUGAUGGACGAGACGUUGUUCUUUCACCUGUCGGAGGCGGAUGCGUUGGAGGUGGAUAAACUGGGGCGCCGCGAGUUGCGGCGGCGGCGCGGGUUAGUUCGCGCCGUGGACGAGGUCUGGCGCGCCGGGAAGGCGGCGGCUGACUUUCUGCUCCCAGUCACGGAGCAGGAGGCGCCGCUGUACUACCGCCGCGUGCGGCGGCCCGUGUGCGUCGCCUCCAUCUACUGCAGCGUGUGGGAGGGCGAGGUGGAGGACUACGCGGGGCUGAAGGUGCUCCUGACCCUCAUGCGCUCCAACUGCGAGUUGUACAACGGUGGCGGGAGCCCGCUGGUGGCGGCGUGUCAGGAGCUCGUCUCCGUCGGCUUCCGCGCAGCGCGGGAGGCGCAGGCCCACGAGGAAGAGGAAGAGGAAGCCGAAGAGGCGGCGAAUGGCGGCGCCGGCGGUUCUGCUGCUGGGGGCGGGGACAACCACACACGAUUCCCACCCCGCACGGAGGCGGAGUUGGCGUGGCUGUUCCCGCCCCGACACGAGGCGGCGCAGCUGCCGCCGGUAGACAACAGCCACGGCGCCACGGCGGCGGGACGCGGCGUCGCGCACGACGCUGGCGAGCCCAGGCGCGUGCUGCGGCUCAUUCGCCGGACGGGCGCGCAGGAGCCAAUGGCGCCUGCCGCAGAGAACCCUACCGGCACGGCGACAACGCGGCGCUUGACGCUGCGACUGGCGCCGCGUGCUGCCGUCGUCGCCGACGCCGCCGCAGCCCCCUCCCCCUCCAAGACGAGGCGGGGAAAGAAGGAGGCGAAGGAUGACGCCACCACUGCGACGGCGGCGACCGCGCGUGGGAGGCGGAAUAAGACGCGGAGGGAGGUGGAGGUGAAGUACUGGAUGCGCUGCGACCUGUGCCACACCUGGCGCGUUGUGGCGGAGGAGCUUGACCCACUGCCGGAACACUGGGACUGCUCCCUCGUCGGCUUGCCGUGCUCCCCGCCGGAGGCAACGCCGAGGGGCGAGCGGCGGCCGGCGUCACCGGGGCCGAAGAAGCGGCCUGGGCGAAGGAAGACACGCGGCGGGGCGAAGGCCCCCGAGGCGGCCAGCGGCAAACGCGGGCGACGGAAGACGACGAGGGGAGUGGCGGAGAGGAAGGCGGGGGGUGAGGCAACGCUUCCGCAAGAGGAGGUGGCAAGGCAGAAGCGCAAGAAUGCCUCGCGUGCAGCCGCGCCGCGGAAGCGCAAUGCACGCCGAUCCCCUUCCUCCUCCUCCUCCUCCUCCUCCUCCACAUCUUCGUCGGAUUCGACCGGCAGCAGCGGCAGCAGCAGCAGUGACGCUGACACACCACCGCGGCAUGGACGUGGCCGUAAAUCCCGUCGAGCACCGCAGCAGCAGCAGCGGCGGCAGCGGGACCAGCAGCAGGAGUGUAGUCGUGGCCGGAAGCGCUCUCGUGUCACCAGAAACUCAUCGUGGGAUGACGACAGUGGCAGUUACGGUGACGAUGACACGCCGCGGUCGAUGCGUGCGGCGAAGCCCGCGGUGCCUCCCUUGACGCUGGAGAAGCUCGUGGAGCUUGAGGCGGCCAUGGACGAGGUGGAGGCGACGCCGAUCGACGACCACAACCCCGUAGAAAUCCUUGCUAGGCUUCGCACCAUAGCCAAAUGGCUGCGAUGA